CGCCGCACGGUCGCUGCCGCCGCCGCCCGGCUCAAUGCUGCAUCUGGCUCGCUGCGUCCUCCCGCUUUGUAGGUUUCCUGUGCACCGUCCCCCUUUUAAACGUUUAGUGCUUAUGUGUGUGUGUGCAGUGCGUGCGUGCGUGUGUCUGUGCUUCAAACAGUGUUGUCGUUUGCCUCCAUGAAGUGGCCGCCGACGGGGCCUUGGAUACAAAGGCUUGCAGCCUUCAUGGGAUGGUAGGAACUACUGCUGCGCGAAACUUUGCAUCUGUGGAUUGCAGCGUUGAGCUAUGCCGUUCAGCAUCCGACGGUUCACGCUGCAGAGGAGCCUGUCGAGCAGCGUCACGGAGACCAAGUCUCAGGGCUCCGGGCCGGACAUGGUAGGCGCUGGGAGGGCCAUACGGAAAUCCGCCUCACAAGAGGAAGGCAGGCACAAACAACAGGCCGCUUCUUUCCCGGCCUCGCGCUCGGCGGAUGCAGCGGAGCUCAGGCGACCUCCUCCUGACAGGCCCCCGCAGUUGCCUCCCAGGGGACCUCUGCCCCAGAGAGCCGCUAGUGUGGACCGAGCAACGCCUCCUUCCUCUGGGUCCUCUAUUCUUUCCAGGUGGCGCCACUCGGGAAAAUCGAAAAGCGUGUGCAUGUCGGAGCCCCGGGAGUAUCCUCUGGACGACGGGAACGCAUCUAGACGGAACUACGGACCUCUUCCCCCGGCCCGAUCUUCUUUGCGCGUCGGAGUGCGUUUUCAAGAUCGCCGAGACGAUGCUUUCAGGAACACGGAAAACAGCCGCAGCUUUGACAGCGCUCAACUGCCUCCCAGCGGCAAGCAGCAGCAGCAGCAACAACAACAACAACAGCAACCACCACCGGGUGUUCCAGCAUCGGGGGACUGGCAACUCCAGUCCCGCGUUCCCGAAGCCACGACUCACCACACGGUUAGGAGGCCGAUGGCCAGAAGACAACACUCCGUCUCCGAUGAGCACGACCUCGAGUUGCAACGCUCACUCAUGGAGCUCGAGAGAGAUCGGUCGGACACCUCCUCCAUCAUUUCCACUUCCUCAUCCUCCAGAGAUGCCCUCCUGCGCCACCUGCAACUCAAGUACCCGCAGUUUGCUGACGUCAUUGCUGGAAACAAACAUGCUGUGCUUCAGAGCCAACUGGGUCCUGGCGGUGGAGGCCGGGGCGGUGGACCAGGCAUGUACCAUCCCCCGGCCAGCGUGUACGACGACGACCCGGGCAUCAUGUCCGAGGUGGAGACAUCGGCGACGGGAAUCCGGCGGGCCACAAAGGCCCGGUCCAGCUUACCCGUCGUACGCACGCCUUCCAAGACACAGGAAAGGCCGCUUGGGAGGAUGUCCCUUGUGAAGCCUCCUCCCGCAGAACAUGGCCACUGGCAGGAUGACAAAGGAAAUCAGUACAAGGAGGACUUCGUGCUCUCAAUGUCGCCGUCAGGAGGCUUGUAUGCUUACAAUGACCUCACGUCACGAGCAGCCAUGAUGAUGUCACUAGGGCUGGUGUUCCUGCAGUACCGGAGCGAGACGAAACGGGCUCUGCUGCCCAACGAGAUAACUUCGAUCGACACGGUGAAGGCACUCUUCGUGCGUUCCUUCCCCAAGCAACUCACCAUGGAGUACCUGGAUUCGCCUCACAUCCGGAUCUACAUACACGACCCCUCCAAGGACAUGUUCUACGAGCUCGAAGACCUCAGAGACAUCCGAGACCGCUCCGUGCUGCGAAUAUACGAGCAGGACGUCAACGGCGGCGGAGUGUACAGCACCUACGACCAAGACAUGAGCUACUUCUCGGAGCCGGAAUUCGACUCCGAGUAUCAAAACCAGCACAUUCACAGGGCCAAGGCAAGCAAGUCACAGAACUCGAACUACUACACCGCUGGUCCGGUUUACCAGAACCGAACUCAGACGCUACCGCACGGUGCUGUCCUACGAUCGUACUCGCCGGCUCCUAACGAACGACCCAAGACGCAGAACGCACCUCACGCUGGGUAUUCUCAGACACUCCCUCGGGGUAUGACAUAUUCAUCGAUGGCUCUUAGUCCGGAGAAGCGACAGCCGGGACUCUUGGUGUCUUCUGAAUUCCCAAUGAGUCAGUCUCAAGAAGGCCUUCAUCAUAAAGGUGGCGCUCCGCAUGGUGGACCGCCCCCGAAACCACAGCGGUCCUACCACCAACCCCUCCCGCCCUUAAACAAGACGAUGCGACCUGCAGCACCCUCGCCUCUCACCUCACCCAGGUCUCCUCUUCCAAGGCCGCCUUCAGUACCACUGUCGCAAAGCCGUUCCCUGUCGCCAGAUCAUGGCUGUCCCCAGGACAGCUACCAGUCGAUGCCCUUCCCUUCUCCCACGGGCCAGCCUUACCAUGGGCCUGCUUCUUCCUCUCCCCGGCGCUACGACCUUGCCUACCAGGGUUCGCCUGAGCGUCGCGCCUCUGCCGACCAAAGUUACCUAUCGUCCCCAGAAAGGCGGCUAGACCAUCAGCGUUCUCUCCCAGCCGCCUUCAACUCUGCCUAUGAAGAACCCUUCUACGGAGACCAGGCCGGCUAUGGCACGCGGUCCGGAAGUGCUACACCCAUCAUUGACGAAGAAGCGCGGAUGCGGGUGGAGUACAUGGAACGGCAGCUGGCCAGCCUGACGGGUUUGGUGCACAAAGCUUUGGCUGCGGGAACGGCUCCCAGACCACAGAGCCAUCUAAUCCCCACCAGAGACACCGAUCUUCCUCCUGAGAAGGAAAAGUCAGAUGAGGUAUGCCUGCCAGAACACGAUGUGCAGAAACAUCCCUUCAAAGAGGAGAAGUCAGUGUCGUUCUCUGACGAGACCACGACCCUGGGUUCCCACAAACAAAGGCAACACACUCCGCAGGCAGCAGAGAAACCCUCCAAGCCUGCGAUUAAAGGUCUACGCUCGCACUCAAUAUCAGAUGAUUAUUCGAAUGGACCACCGGCUCUACCAGACAAAGAUGGAAGGCCGUCCAAGCCAGCUCCUCCUCCCAAGCCUGCUUCCCUCAGUGGGGCUCUCGAUUCACGACAACAUUCCUCUUCACCAGCAAAAGAGCUUCACUUUACGCCCGAAAUAUGCUCCCAACUGCGGCAGCUUCGCCGACAGACGAAAGACCUUCGCCUCGAAGUGAGGAACCUGCGUCGGAUGGCGCAGGCACAAGCUGUCACGGCUAGGGAGACAGUGCGGGAGACUUGCCUCAAGAUUAAGGUGAUGCUUGCAGCUAUUCAAGUGGGUGAAGAUCAGGUUUGCUCUGAAAGACUACGAGUCUCCAGGGACGAAGAUAUGUACAGGCAGGAUGUAACCAGGCUAGAAAAGGACCUUUCGGAUCUGGAAAGUCAGGUGGAAGAAUUGAGGAGUAAUGUGAUCAACCGAAGAUGUCGUGUCAACAUGGGCAAUGUCGAGAGUAUGGCACUGGUGUUGAGUCGAGCAAGCAAAACAGUGGCAGACCUCAAAGCUCGUUUCCCAAGUUUGCAGGACAGUCUGAAGUCUGUCAUGGGUGCUGAAAUGGAAGUAGUUGUUAGAGAAGAGAAAUUCUUGAAGGAAGAACCAGAAAGACUAGAAAGUGCUCUGCGUAGAUGCAAAAAGCUAACGGGAACUUUAGUAACUCUUAAAAGACUUGCUUCGGUUCAGGAGCAAAGACAUACAGGAGCACACACGCUGCCCGAAAAAGCUGCCUCAGCUGACGGGCCCCAUUCGGACGGAGAGGCCCACACAGCAAGGUCGAGCAGACAAGCUUGGAAGCGGAGUUCUAAUUUCCGGCAAAAAAUAGAUGGAGAGAGGCUGACGUCUGAAGGGCUUGAAGGAACAAUGAGCCUCGAUUCAGACGCUCAUCUUAUGAGCAGCGAGCCGAAAGGCCCGCGGUCGGAAAACGCCCUGGAUGCUCUCCUGGACGAGCUGCAGACCUUCUCUAAGGCGGACGCGAAACGUCGCCCAACGUCCGCGGAUUCCCCUGUGCGUAAGCCGCCCGUGCCGGUCAUCCCUGUCACCGGAAUGAAAGAGGUGAAGAAAGCACCUCCGCCGCCGCCUCGUACCACGAGUCGGUCCCCCGCCACUUCGCCCACGGGACGACGCGAUCCUCUGCGUACCAACGCCCUGGCAGGCGAGGAAGCCCGUCGGGACCGACUCUCUUCAAACAGUAGUAGCAGCGAAAGCGUCAACUCGCAGGAGGGCCUCCGCAGGAGCCGUCAGGAACUCCUCGACUCCCGGCAUCAAGAGCUUCUCAGAAAGCAGCGACAGCUCCAGGAGCAGUAUGCACGUCUUCAACUGCUCCAGAGGUUAUCUCCCCCGAAGCCCGACCUCAAGAAAACGGGUUCUGAGAGCAACAUAUUGCAUAAGGCCUCGCUCUCGCUGGGUGCCCCCUCAGGUUCUUUGACGCAACUCGCUUCCCUUUCUUCGUCGUCGUCGUCGGCGGCGGUGACGACCAACGCAUCUAACGGGUCAACCGGCGGCGGUACUACGGGUGGGCUUCUUCGGUCGGGUGCCAAGAUCUACGAAACCGAUAUUUUAUAAUGGUCUUUGGGUAGAUGCAUUUCUUUUGUUCUGGUAGUGGAGGGCUGCUGGAAGACUGUGCUACCGUUUGCACAAGUGCGGGAAAGUAGGCUGCGUUUGAAACUGCGAUGUUCGCCAACUUGGCAGGAGAUUGGGCCCUUUGUCAUGGGAUGCAACGAGGACGUUCUUAGCGCAGCUUAGUUAUCGCUCCCACUUGAGAAUGGCCUUGUUUUGCCCAUGACCCUUUUCAGUAGAGCCUGCUUAUCAACGCAAUAGGGCUUUUGAUCGCGAUUGAAAUGAUACAGUUCUUCUACAGCAGCCCUCGAUGUGCAUUGCGGUGCUUGGCCAACAGUUGUGUGGCCGUCGCGAUAACAUUAUUGUACAGCAGAAAGAGAACCGGGCUGGGACCGUUUUAAAUACUCAAAGCGGCAAACGCAAUGCAAAAAAAAAAUCAUGCAAACGCAUGUCGGUCAUGCUGCUGACUCCCUGUUAGAUGAAAAUUAUCCUGAUAUAUCGUUGUAUUUCUUUGCGUAUGCGAGCGUUUCCUCGACCGCGUUCUUCUCCAAAGGCCUUGCAUUGCUUGUGUUGGGCAGAUAUGACUUAGUCAAAGUGGUAACAAAGUGUUUACAGCGAGAGAGAACAACGCCAUAGCGUGCUGUCUGUGAGCACGGUUUGUCGAUCUGCCUCCCAAUCUUAUGAGAAGGUCGCCAUGUUCCACCGUUCUUUCAUGUGAUCUAUAAUGACACGCAUGCACCGUUUUAUGACGUAGGAAAGCAGUACAGAAAAUGAUUAUACGCUUCAAUUAGACUUAAAUGUGCCACGUUUUUUUGUUUUACCAGUUCCUAACUUAAUGGCGAAAGUUGACACUGGAUAAAGCUUCGAAAGCAGAGUGCUUGGUCUUUCGGAUAAAAUUUAUUUUAAUUCGCUUGUGCAAACCUACGAGAAAAAGCAGCAUAUAUAUAAAAGCAGAAUAUUUAUGCAAAAAUCACUAACAGGACAAUUUAAGUCGGCUACACGCCUGCGCGGGAGAAAGUAGCAAAGCUCACUCAGGUGAUGGGAGCUCCUGACUUCUCAGGCUCACAAAGCAACAUCUGCGACGCUGUUCUCUCUUAGGCAGCAGCUAGUUUUACUAUAACCAACCGACGUCAGGGAGCCUAAACGCGUGACUUUGUUCUUGUUCUGUACGCCGACAAGAUUGAGGGCUUUACUGGCGUUUUCUGUUCCUCCAGUGCCCUUUUCCUGUCGCUUUGGAGAAGGUAUAUGCCAAAGAACUAUUAUACUAAUUGUUAGGAGACAAAGUGAAGGCGGCGAUAUACUUCUAUAGUCCGUGUUUGACUACUUGUACGUUUGCUGCCAGAAUAGGCGUCAGUGUUUAUAAUAUUGUUGAGCGGAUCUAAUACACAAGUUCAAGAUGUACAGACAGGAACGGCGAACUGAAAUAGGGCCGGAACGGGCCAUGCGAGCUAGACAGGCUUCAUGCUGACCGCAUCCGAAUUUGUGACGCUGUGCUGACUGGGCUAAUUCUAAAAGACAUCAUCCCUUCUCUGCAAGCGUAUCGUUCUGGAACCGAUCGUUCGGCAGCGUUCACCUGCGAGGAGACUUGUAGCUGCACUGCCGGCGACAAAACAUUACUUCAAAAAUAUUAGGAGAUAACGUCGGCCGACCUUUAGGUCAUCUUCCUCGCGGUACUCUAUUUGUGACAGUGCAUAUUUGAUGGCGGCCACUCAUGCUUGUAGAAGGGUGACGGAGUGCACCAGAAUUGUGCAUAUGACGCUAAUUUGUAACUCCAGAUGGUGUUCCAUACAUCUUGCUCUUCGCUUUUACAAUCCAAUACAGUCCGCUCUUGUUUCUGCAAGGUGAGGCGCCUCCAGCACAUUGUCCGCAUGACCGAGUAAUGGUGCUCGUACACCAGAGGACGCUGGCUCCCAUGGUCCGUUCCUGCAAUUGCCGCCGGAUGAACUGUACGUUGCUUUCAGUUCUUGCGGACAGGCCACACAGUCGAAAGAGACGUCUGUGGCGUCUUUCUCGGUCAGGUAUUAUUGCUCAUUUUGCGUACCGUCUGGAAUUCUGCGGUAACAAAUCGGUCUGAAUUUUCCUCGUGAGAGAUUCAGGAGACGGGACUGUCUUUGAAAACGUCAUGUGAAAUAGGCAGGCCGUUUAUCAUCGCAGUGGGCUGAGUGUCAUAUCAUCGUCAUUGCAUAGGUUGAUUCUAAGGAAAAUCAUCGCUCAACAUCUUGACGUGAGCUGGUGAUGCAUAAAUAGAAAGGUUUAAUGAAACACCAAUAAUAACUAUGGAGGUCUCCCGCCUGUGCUUGAUACCAUUUGCUUUAAAGAACCAAUCAGGACUGUCGGGUCUCUUCGACGUCAUCGCAGUCGCGGGCGGCGCCCGCAAACGGGGCAGUGUACUUCAGUUCGUGGUCCAAACUCGAAAUUAUUUCUUCAAAAUUGUUAGUAAAAAAAUCACUGUGACGACCACUCCAAGUGAUACGGUGUCUCCCAUCACGAUAAAUUUGAAAAUGCAUUGUGUCCCAAGUAACUUGGACAAUUAUUUGUUCAUAUCAAUUAUUUCCUUCUCAUGCAUAUUCAACAUGAGGCUCCUUGCAACCCAGCACCGGAGAAUGACUGACUAAUAAUGAUGAGAUGAAUGGCUAAUGUAUGUCGUAUUUCAUGACGCGUUAGUAAUGAGGACGUCGUUGUGCCUCUGCACGACCACUUCCAUUCACACCCGCGAGCCUCGCGCGAAAAUGCUUACAUGAGAAGUGUCCGCAGCAUCGUCUUCACAAGGUUCCAGGUUCGAGUUCAACACCUUCAUCAGCUGAAGUAGCAGAUGAUACUGUUGUUACAUAUUUUUAAAGGUCCUCGUUGUUUCUUGGACAUUCUUUGGAGACUUUUCUUGUACAUUGUAUACGAUCCGUGCAAGAACCCCCUUCAUGUGACUGAGAUCCGUUUUAGCGCCAUAGGUGACAGGACUGCGACGAAUAGAGCUUUAUACAAAGGUGUAUGGUGAACCGAAGGCGCCAGGUGACAGCAUUGUUUUGUAUAGAACUUGGUGUUUGAAAUAGUGAAGUGUGAUAUAGUUUGCCCGGUUGUUCACGAUGCUUAUUUAUUUUAGGUUUGACACUGUUGCCUUCGCAGCGUCGUGUUGCGGAGAGUGCAAUUACUGACUUCUGGAGCCCAGUUGGAUGCGUUUCUCUGGGGGCGUGAAUGUAAUAUUUUUUUGGUUUGUGUCUUAGCACGACUGUGGAGUCCAAAGUGUCUUUGGCGUUUUAACCAAAGAUCCACAGGUCAUCCUUGAAAGCGCAUGUGGACGAGAGAUAUAGCCGGUGAUUGUCACAACUCUGUUUUUUCUUCCUCUAAAUAUGCAUGUAACUCUACGUUCGGGCUUGCUCAUCAGGAUUUUUUUUAAAUGCAGCAGUCUAGUCUCAGAUGAGGUACCAGCCCUUCAAAUGUCCCAGUGUCACGCAGCAGUACCGGAGAACAGACCGGAUUCGAUAUGCCGAGGCGGAGUUUGUGCAUCGUUUAAACCGAACUGGAGAAUGAAAUAAUAUGUUCCCUAAGGGUGAGUCAUUUUCACACCGCUGGAGAUUAGACAGAUUUGUAAGCAACCGUUGCAAUUUUGUUCGCGGGACUACUGGACGCAUUUCAUUGAAAUUUUAUUUCCACCGAUCAGGUGAAAGGGCAAUGACAAAAAGCUGUAAAAAGACAGCUUGCACACAUCUGGUUCUCACUUAUUUCAAGAUUACGCAGACAAAGAGCAAAAAGACCGUAAUGAAAGGUCUGCAAAAUGUAACCAUCUGCUGACACGCGUUUAACGGCUGCACUUGAAGCUUGGUAAGCGCCGUAUUUCUCUCUUACGUUCAGUCAAAGUAGCUCCUCUUCGCUGUCGCUUGGCUUUGACCAGCAGCUUGGUGCACUUGAGGAAAAGAAGAGCAAAGGGAUAAGGACAAAGUAUUGAGCUGUACCACUUUUCAUUGAAGGCUACACUGUACGAGCCUUCGUGUUUUAUAGGCAAUUGAUCGCAUAGUUAAUGUGUGUCGGUCACCACGGAUAUAUAGGACGUUGUGAAACACUAGUGGGGGCACAGCGUUUCGUGAGAUUUUUUGGGAAACUUUUGUAUUAUCUGAUUAUCACUGACAAUAUGUAGAAACAAGUGAUGUGCUUUGAGAGAUGAAUCGUUACAUUGAGUUUGUCACUACGUAUAUAUACUAUGGAAUGACGCGUGAGAGCUGGAUGGCGGUUCUUUAACUCCUAGCGCCUGAAUUUUGUACUUGGGGGGGCGCCUUGCCGUGCCUGCGAGUGAAUUUUUUGCACAGGGUGUCGUGUUUCAAGUUUCAUGACAAUCUCGAGCAAUAAGUUCCUUACGUUGUUCCAGACUCCGCCUCCUGGGGUUGCGAAUAAUUUUUCCACGUCACUAAGUAUAGGGAUUGGUGAUUAUUUGUAAUUGUUUCUGCAGUGGGUAGAGUAUAACGAAGUCAUAUUAGUUGAAAUCAAUUGAUAUUGUGGCAUUCAUGGACAAUUUAGGUUCACUAUAGUGGGUGGAGCCUUCCCCUCAUGAACCAAACAAUAGUUAUCUGGUGUUUUUGCGAUGCGGAUGUGUGUGUUCAAAGGAAAGGUCGCACAACUUUUUAAUAAUCAACACAGUAUUGGGCAGCAACAAUUUGUCGAUUUUGUAAGACGGCGUCAUCCUAUGCGUUUCCAUCAUACAUCAGUUGAUAGCUGAUCAAUCGCGUAUUUUAGUUGCACAUUUAUUGGCUCUCGAGUGUCUGUAAUGCUCACAUGGUUAAAACUUACGUAUAAUAUUAAUUUCAAAAGUUUGAUCAUUGGACAAGCACGCUUGUGCCUAAGACCUGACGAAUAGUUUCCCCCCAAUUCUAAUGGAGUGUGAAGAAACAAAAAUGUUACCCAGUGUUGUUGCUAUACAUUCGAAGUACAUUUCUACAUUAAGCAUCACGUUUUAAACAAAAUGUAAUAUAACUAUGUUAGCGACAACAAAAGUAAUAAUGUGAAGUCUUGUUGAAGCCCAACAAGGAAAACUUUGAACUUACUCGACUAAAAAGAGCAACAGAGAUGUUCCACAUUCAACCUAAAACGACAGCCAAUAAUGAAACCUUUCUGAACCAACCUUUCUGAACCUUUCACCAUUGCAUUAUAUGUUGCUUUUCUGAAAGUGCAAUAUGAAUAUAGUUGAUGUAUUUCAAUUUCUUCGAGUUAUUGUGGAACGGUAUGUAUGGCGGACGUCGGACAUGACGGUUCUGUUUGAAGUUGGAGGCGGCAUCAUUGCUCAAGUCUCGCAACAAAUUAUUGGUCUUCUUUUUCUUUUUGUUUUUUCACAUCGCUCUCGAACAUACGAUGGUGCUCGAAGUAGCGGCACUGGGGUGCUUUGUCAUUUCUUUCAUCUCCUGACACACAUUACGCGCACAUCUUCUUGUAACAUGUUUGUUGUGAAUGUAAUAAAGGCUCAUGUCUGUUCAUCUUUA